ACCAUGAGCUGCUGCAAUCUUUAUGUUUUCCAACGGGAAAAAAGGAAGUGGAAAUCCAAUAGAAAAGAAAGAAAAAGGGAAAACUUUCCCUUUUACCAAACAGACGAAAGAAAAUAAAAGCUAAACAUUGAAUUUUUCUUCAGAUUCCUUCACAAAAAUCUUGUGGGUUUUGUUCAUUCAAACCUCUUGAUUAGUGGGUUUGGUUUUUCUUUAAUUUAUUUGGUGUAAAAAUCGCUGUGGAUCCAAACAAGAGAUCUUGUGAAAUCGUUUUAGGGUUCUUGGUGAUUUGUGGUUCUUUUUAACUGAAUAGAUUGUAGCUUGUGGAUAUGUGUUGAUCUUAGGGUAUAGAUUGAAGCAAAAAGAUAGUUUUUUGGUGUAGUUUUUGUAACCCUUUAUUAGAUCAUUGUGGAAUUAGGAGAACCCAUUUUGAAAUUGGGGAUUUUUUUAGGGUUUUGAAUGUGUGUUUAGUUGGUUGAGGUUGAGGAAUUGGUUCUAUAAGAACCCUAAUUGGGGGGUAUUGUGGAGAUCUGGGAUCUUUUUCAUCUGUUAUGCCCUAUGAGGACAUUCUUUCCAUCUGAAUCCUGUAAAGAAACACAUCUCAAUGCUUUGAAUCCUCAAUCAUGGCUGCAAGUUGAAAGAGGAAAGCUUUCAAAAGUCUCACCUCACUCUCCUUCUUCCCUAGAAUCUUUAAUCAAAGUUCCCGAUCCACCGAUUCUUCCAUUCUUUAAACCUGUUGAUUAUGUAGAAGUUUUAGCGCAAAUUCACAAAGAACUCGAAACGUGCCCUCCGAAUGAGCGGCCAAACCUCUAUUUGUUGCAGUUUCAGGUCUUUAAAGGCCUCGGUGAUGUUAAAUUGAUGAGGAGAAGCCUUAGAUCGGCUUGGCUCAAAGCAAGCUCCGUUCACGAACGACUUGUUUUCGGGGCGUGGUUGAAGUAUGAAAAACGUGGUGAAGAGCUAAUAUCGGAUUUGCUUUCUUCUUGUGGUAAAUAUGCAAAAGAGUUUGGGUUGAUAGAUAUCGGUUCUGAGCUCCCAUCUGUAGCGGAUGCUAGUUUACCUGAUGGCGUGAUGAUGAAUCGCAACUAUUUAUCGGGAACUGUUUCUUUUCGAAUAGGGGAUGAAAAGAUAACAUGCGAUCGGCAGAAAAUGGCGGCACUUUCACCCCCUUUUCGUUCCAUGCUUAACGGGUGUUUUCUAGAAUCGAUUUCUGAAGACGUAGAUUUGUCCAAAAACGAUAUUUCGUCAACGGGUAUGCGGAUUAUCAGCGAAUUUAGCUUAACUGGCACGUUACCGGAAGUCCCAACCGAUCUUUUACUAGAAAUCAUGGUGUUUUCCAGUAAAUUUUGCUGUGAAAAGCUCAAAGAUUCUUGUGAUCGGAAACUUGCAACUCUUGUUUCCACGAGACAAGAUGCGGUCGAACUUAUGGAAUACGCUCUUGAAGAGAAUUGCUCGAUUCUUGCUGGAUCUUGUUUGCAGGUUUUUCUUCAAGAACUUCCGGAAUCUUUAAACGACGAGAGGGUUGUCGAACUUUUAACGAGUGCCAACAGUUUGCAUAGAUCGAUUAUGGUGGGUGCAGGCUCGUUUUCGCUAUAUUGUUUAUUGAGUCAAGUUGCUAUGGAUCUUGAUCCGGCUUCUGAUAAAGCCGCCUUCUUUUUGGAACAAUUGGUGGAUUCUAGCGAAAACAGUAGACAGAAAAUGGUGGCGUUUCAUAUGCUCGGAUGUGUGAAGUUUUUCAAGAAAGAAUAUGAAGAAUCUGAAAGAUUCUUCGAAGCUGCGUUAAGUGAAGGCCAUGUUUAUUCGGUCGUGGGUUUGGCUAGAAUUGGUCAAAUAAAGGGUCAAAAGCUCGAAUCUUUCGAGAAACUUAGCUCUGUAAUUUCGAAUUACGCUCCACUCGGGUGGAUGCAUCAAGAAAGAUCUUUAUACUGUGAAAAUAACGAAAAAAGAUGGGAAGAUCUCGAGAAAGCUACCGAGUUGGAUCCAACGCUUACGUAUCCCUAUAUGUAUCGUGCCGCAUCUUUGAUGAAGAAACAAGAAGUUCAAGAUUCAAUGGCGGAAAUCAACAAGAUUCUUGGUUUCAAACUGGCGGUGGAGUGUUUGGAACUGAGGUUUUGUUUCUUUUUGGUACUUGAAGACUAUCAAUCGGCCAUUUGUGAUGUGCAGGCGAUUCUGACCAUCUGUCCUGAUUAUCGGAUGUUUGAAGGGCGAGUGCCGGCUUCACAAUUUCAGACUCUUGUUCGUGAGCACGUUCCGAGUUGGACGACUGCGGACUGUUGGUUGCAGUUAUAUGAUCGGUGGUCGGCUGUUGAUGAUAUUGGAUCGCUUUCGGUGAUAUAUCAGAUGCUUGAAUCUGAAGCAGCUAAAGGGGUUCUGUAUUUCAGACAGUCUUUGCUGCUUUUAAGGUUAAAUUGUCCGGAAGCAGCAAUGCGAAGUUUACAAUUGGCUCGUCAACAUGCAUCAAGUGAACACGAACGCUUAGUUUAUGAGGGUUGGAUAUUAUAUGAUACGGGCCAUUGUGAUGAAGGGUUAACAAAAGCCGAAGAGUCUAUUAGUCUGAAUAGAUCCUUUGAGGCCUUCUUUCUGAAAGCUUACGCUUUGGCCGAUUCUAGCCAAGAUCCAACUUGUUCUUCGACUGUUGUAGCACUUCUUCAAGAUGCCCUCAAAUGCCCGUCUGAUAGGCUUCGUAAAGGCCAGGCCCUGAACAAUCUUGGAAGCGUUUAUGUCGAUUCGGGAAAACUAGACCUUGCAGCCGAUUGCUACAUUAAUGCCCUUAAAAUCCGACACACCCGGGCCCACCAAGGACUUGCUCGUGUCCAUUAUCUGAAAAACGACAAGCCUGCUGCCUAUGAAGAAAUGACGAAACUGAUUGAGAAGGCACGGAACAAUGCGUCCGCUUACGAGAAGAGAUCGGAAUAUUGUGAACGUGAACAAACAAAGAUCGAUCUCGAGAUGGUCACUCGCUUAGAUCCUCUUCGUGUUUACCCUUACAGAUAUCGAGCAGCAGUCUUGAUGGACAAUCACAAGGAGAAAGAAGCSAUUGGAGAGCUAUCAAGAGCAAUCGCAUUCAAAGCGGACUUGCACCUAUUGCAUUUACGCGCAGCGUUCCAUGAACAUAUCGGGGAUGUUUCAGGUGCCAUGCGGGACUGUAGAGCCGCCCUCUCGUUUGAUCCCAACCAUCAAGARAUGCUUGAACUUCGAAGCCGUGUAAACAGUCAAGAGCCGUAAAGAGAUGAUCCAAGAAGUUAGAAAAGAAUUAGAUGCACAAAAUGGUGAGGAGAAAAAGAGAGAUUUAGAGUUGUGUUGCAAAUGUAAGUCCUCAUGAGUGUUGUGUUGUGUUGUAAACAUAUCCAAGCUUGUGCAUUAACAUGUGUUUUCUUGU